AGCAUAGAAUGCCCUCUUAGGUCAGUGACCAGUGGUCACAAGGUGGUCUGUAACCACCAGGGAGGCAACUAUGAGUGCAACUUGAACAGAGCUCGAGUUAUCUAUUAAAAAAAAAACUUUACAUUUAAAACUACUAAAUUGUUAAAUACCUUUACUCAAAGAGUAAUUCCACUUCGAGGAUAACUAACAUCUGCCUCUACUCACUGACUCAGAGGCCGAGGGUGAUGCGUUUGGCGUGGUAUCGCGUGGUAUUUAUGUUGUCUGUGGGGUUCUAUACAGAGGCAAAGAGGUAAUAGAGAAAUUCGAGAACCGAGAAGAUCCGGAAAUGAGAUUAUAAGGAAUAUAAGACUCUCCUACGUGACUAGCAAUACUCAAUUAUAUUGUGUGAAUCCAUUUCAUGAGUGCUAAUUGGAAAAAUACACGAUGUGGGCGGAUACCCUUUUGAUAUUAUUUAUAUCAAUUUGCACGGCCUUGCUUGGAGAAGGAUUGACAUGGCUAAUGGUAUAUAGAACUGAAAAGUACCAGAAAUUGAAGGCUGAGGUGGAGAGGCAGAGUAAAAGAUUGGAAAAGAGGAAAGAAGCUCAUGGCGAUUCUCUUGAUAAGCAGCAUAAGAAAAAAAUUGAAAGAGAAGAAGAAAAAUUGAAAAACAAUAAUCGGGACUUAUCUUUGGUGAAAAUGAAGUCUAUGUUUGCUAUCGGUUUUGCUUUCACAGCUCUUCUGAGCAUGUUCAAUAGCAUUUUUGAUGGUAGAGUUGUUGCACGUCUUCCAUUUGUGCCCAUAUCAUGGAUUCAGGGCUUGUCACAUAGAAAUCUGCCUGGAGAAGAUUAUACAGAAUGCUCAUUCAUUUUUCUGUACAUAUUGUGUACCAUGUCCAUCCGACAAAAUAUACAGAAGAUGCUUGGUUUUGCUCCUUCGAGAACUGCAAGCAAGCAGAGUGGUAGUAUUUUUGGGCCUCCUCCACAACAGUUUAAAUAGAUACAUUUUCAGUCUUUGUCCAAGGAUGAUUUUUAUUUAUGUGGAAAUGUUUCUGGAAUGAAUUUGAAUGAGUUGUACAUAUUGCAACAACAAUGUUGAUAAUGUAUUAUAACUUGGCUGGGUGUGCUGUUAUAAUAAAUGAUGAAAUGUUUGACUGAUGACUGAAAUUUUUACUUUUUAACUUUACCUACAAGUUUAUACUCACAUUAAAGCAUGAUCUACGUUGUUGAUACAAUUGAACUUGCGAACAUUGUUUGGUUCGUAAUUUACAUUUAAUUUUGCUCAAUUUUUUUAGUGGAAUCCUGUAAUUUUCAGGAUGUUACAUUACAAAACAUUUAUAACUAUAAAAUUUUGCACUUCUAUAAGUAGUUGCCAUUGAGAGCAGUAGCUAUAAAUGUGCAUAAGGUUAGAUCAAGGCUUGGAGAGAGAAAGAAAUUUAAAUUUAGACAUUGGGAAAACACAGGGAGGGUUGGAAAUAAAUAAAUUUGAAUUUGGACAGUGGAUAGAGCAGUGAGGGUAGUAGAGAGCUACAAGAAAUGUUUUCUAGAGUAUGAACGAAACACUUAUGAAUGCUGGAGUUACCAAUUACUAUGUAUUUUAUACAACAAAUUAUUAAAUGUAUUAAAAAUUUGGUUACUUUCUGUCGUGAAGUUCAAUUUGUGCUUCUGGGUACAUUAAAAAAAAAAUUAUGUCUUGAUCAAAUUCUAGGUGUUUUAGAAUGGGAAUUUUGUCAUAAUCUAGUGAUUCUUUUGUUUCUAUGACAUUAGGUCUAGUUUUAUUGUAGAUUGACCUAUUUACAUGAGAUCAGUGUUUGCAAGAAAUUUGUUUUGGUCAAAUCUGUCUUAAUAUUGUUAGUUAAAAAAGAAACUUGGAAGCAUCAUUUAUUAUUUCUUUCUUUUUUGUCUAUAUGGUGCCUACGGUAGUCCAGACUUUUCUUAAUAUAUUGUCGAUAAAUCUCUUAGGACCAUUAUUAAGAGAUAUAUACAAAUAUUUUUCAAGUUUUGUCCAUGUUAUCUUUUAUUAUAAAGUUUCAUCAUUUUAUCAACAAAGCCAUGUGUAACUCUUAUUUUAUGCUAUACAAUGGAUGUAAUGCUUUUAAUUUUUAAUUUCAUACCAAUUUAAUAAUUCAUAAAGCGAAAUUGGUUACCUACCAAUUUCCAAUUGUUUUCUUGUGCAGCAAAAAUCCAUGUUCUCAAAUUCAGCCUGCUGUGAAGUUAUUGUAACUACUUAGUGAAAGACAUAUUCUGUUCUUAUGUGAUGUUUAGAAUUAAGGUAGAUUCCUAUACUGCAGUUAGCAAUUGAGAAGUAAAAUUGACCACUGUAAGAAAAUUAGAUUAUGGAAGGUAAUUUCCUUAGAUGAGAAAGAACUCUCGUGGAAACAAAUUUUACCACUUUUGUCCUUUAGUUAUUUGUAAUAUAUGUUAUUGGAACUUUGGCUCCAGGCCAGCCAAUGUUCUAUUUGACAACUGAAAAUGUUACUUGGUCAGGUUGUUCAAAAAUGAUUAACUAAAAAAGUUCUGUUUCUGUUGAUAUGAAAUUAACUUAACAAAAAGGUAGUAGUACUAUGAGCAUUUAACACCAUUAAGCAUUUCUUGGAUCUCAAGUUUCCAUUUCAGUCUGUCUAAGCAGUAUUCUAUCCAUCAUCUUCUACACUUCUUCCUGCCUUAUACUUUUGUGAAGUUGCCAAUUCCAGUUCUUGUGAAGCCAUGGUUCUUCACCCAUUAAAGUCCAAUGUACCUCAUUUGAGUUUGCUCAUUUCUGUUCAAUUAAAAUUGCUUCUUUUGCACUAAUUAGGGUAUUUUAUUUCUUCAUUAGAUGUAGAUAUCUAAACAUAUUAGCAAGUUUUGAAAUUUCUGCAUGCCAAGAUGUUGAUAUGACAAGUUGGUAAAGCAUUGUUUGCUCCUGGCCAGGAAGUAUUCACGACUUGCAUCAGUUUGAAUCUUCUUCUAAAAUGCUCCACUUCAGGAGCAUUGUCAUUUAGAACAUACUUACUUAUAAAAACCCAUCUCUACUCCUUGUAUUUUAAAAAUCUAAUGUUAAAAUGUUGUUGAUUUCUCAUUGAUGAAUGUUCAGCUCUUAAAAAUCUAUAUCUUGUAGAUAUAGCAAUUGACACACCUUCCUUUACUCAAAUUUAUUUAUUUAUCCCAUUAAAAACAUUAUCUUUAACCCUUUUAACUUUCUCCCUACGGAAUAGAGAGAAAGUUAUGUAAUGCAGCAUGAAAAAGCGGUGAAUUUUGAGCAGAAAACU